AUGUUGGUAUUUGGAACUGGCUCAGAUGAUGGAACUUGCCGACUAUUUGACAUUAGAACUGGGCACCAGCUACAGGUGUACUACCAACGUCAUGGAGAUAAUGACGUCCCUCCUGUGACUUCCAUAGCAUUCUCCAUCUCGGGCCGGCUCCUUUUUGCAGGGUACAAUAAUGGUGACUGCUAUGUCUGGGACACUUUGUUGGGAAAGAUGGUUUUGAAUUUGGGAUCCCUGCAAAACUCCCAUGAUGGUCGAAUCAGCUGUCUAGGAUUAUCUGCUGAUGGGAGUGCCUUAUGUACAGGAAGUUGGGAUACAAACUUGAAGAUUUGGGCUUUUGGAGGAUAUAGAAGAGUGAUAUAAGCAGCGCUGAGGCUAUAGAAGAGUGAUAUAAGCAGCGCUGAGGCUAUUCUUUGAUCUGGAUCUCUGACGACUAGGCUAAUGGUUAUGGAUAUCUUUUCUUCAAGAAUUAUGCUAUUCAGAGAGAUUUCAAAGUGUCCCAGUUAGUUGUGAUUUGGAGAACUGUACUGUGUUCUGUUUCUUGAAAUCUUUGUGAUCGCCGACAGAAUACAGUAGUGGAGCAAAUGGAAAUGUACAUGCAAGUUUCAACUACUUUUUUUCUUUGUCGCACUCUGUCAUUCAUUUUCCAUGUAGCAAUUUCAAUUUUUUCUAAAAUAAGAACAAAUUUCAACUGAUCA